UACCGCUUAGUGCCACGUCGUGUCUCAGAGCGCCCAGGCCACGGGCCCCAAAUCGUACCGCUUAACGAAGAAUCUGAAAAAAAAACUAAACGAAGUAUACUAGAUAAACCAGUGGUAUUGAAAUACUAGUAAUACUAGAAAUACUAGAACUCCCCGCUCGGGAAAGUGAGUGCCGUGAAUAGCCUGCCAAUCCAUCGAUAAACCUUUUAUUUCCGGAGCACUUGGCAGCAUCCGUCAUGCAGGUCUUCGAUAACAAUAUGCGCCGUGCAUCGCGUCGGGCCUCUCUGCGCCGCGGUUCGAUCUCGGCCCUGCCGCAGAAGUCGCACGAGAUUCCCUGGGACAUCUUCGAGCGGCUCUUCAUGCCCUUCCUGUUCUGCCAGGCGGCCGCCAUCAUCACCUCCCAGCUGCUCCAUGUCCUGGACAUCUCCAGCAUCUCGACCUUCGCCGUCUUCGUCUGGUUCGCCCUGGCCACCGUGGGAGCCGUGCUCUUCUACCACUUCGUCAAGGUAUCCGCUUCGGGCAAGGGCGUGCUAAUCACUGGCUGCGAGGCCCCACUGGCCUGGUAUUUGGCCAAGAAACUGGACGACCUGGGCUUCACCGUUUACGCCGGAUUCAACACGCCCAUCGAGGAUUCGGACGAGGCCAAGAUACUCAAGGAGGAGACCUCGGGACGCAUGAAGCUGCUGCAUCUGGACGUCACAUCGGAGAAAACCAUUUUGGAAGCUGCCCGCUAUGUGUCGCAGCAUUUGCCCCAUGGCGCCGAGGGCUUGUGGUCUGUGGUGCACUGCGCCCACUGGAUAGCUUUGGGCGAACUCGAGUGGAUUCCAUUUGCCGUGCUGCGCAAGAGUUUGGAUCUGAACCUAUUGGGUGGAGCUCGCCUCACCCAAAUCUUCCUGCCCCUGGUCCGCCGUGCCCAUGGUCGCGUGGUCUUCCUCACCUCGGGCCUGAAUCGGGUGCCAUCGCCCGUCCGGGGCAUCCAGUGUGCCACCCAGGCGGCCGUCGACUGCUUUGCCGCCUGUCUGCGCCAGGAGAUGAGGACCCGCGGAGUGGACGUGUCCGUGGUGGCUGCCGGAGAGUUCGCCCCCGGCAACGGCUGGCUGAACGAAACGGAGCUGCGUGACCAGGCCAAGCAAAUGUGGAACCAGCUUUCCUCGGAGCAGAAGAAGACCUACGGCGAGGAUUACUACGAGGCGGCCAUGACGUCGGUGGAGAAGUACUCUCGCCAGGCAGCCGACAUCCAGCCCACGCUGCGCGUUCUCAUCGAUGCCGUGACCAGGACCUUCCCCAUGGCCCGCUACACUCCGGUGACGGCCACCGAGAGGCUGCAGAUCUUCCUGGCCGAGCACCUGGCUCCCUCCCUCUACGAAUCCAUCUAUGGCGAGCAGAAGAAGUUCGUCUACUGAGCACUCCCACACCAUCCCAGCCUAUCCAGAUAUGUCCCUGCCUGAUAUUGUUAUUCGGAAAUUGUUAUUCAUUUAUGAUUUUCACGGAAAUCCAUGCCCCUGCUCCUUGAAGGACAUCCCGAAAAGGAACUGUUGCCGAAAGCACUACUUCGCUAAGCUUCGCCAGUCGAUGAGCAUUUACGUCCUUCUCUCGAUUAUUCUCAUAAUUAUCCUUGCACGGAAGCGUCUGUUCUGUGGAUGCCUGCAUAAUAUUAUUUUCUUUAGUUGCUAGAACGAAUUGUAUAACGACGAAUAAAAUGAAAUGGAAACAAUAGCAAACUGAA